GGGCAGUAGACCAGCGAUCUUCUGGUCAGAAACAAGUGGAGAAUACCCACUUCAGGAAAUUCGCACACUCUGACAACUUGUACCAUGUCACCAAGAGUGACUCUCGUUUUCGCCCUGGUCGCGCUCGCCACAGCAACAGUGCCGCACGGCGAUCGCGAUCCUCCCUUCGAGGAUGUGUUCUCCCCGAAGCAGCAGGGCGGCGCAGAAUACCGCCUGCCCACCAAUGUUGUUCCCGAGUCCUACGAUCUCACCAUCACGCCGUACCUCUUCGCCGAGGGCCAGAAGGCGGAAUGGACGUUCGACGGUGAAGUGUCCAUAAAUUUGCGUGCGAAUGUCGAUGGAGUGAACACAAUUGUCCUCCAUGCUGUUGACCUGGAGAUUGAUCACACACAAACUUCGCUGAGACAAGGUGCGGUUCCGGGGAAUUUAAUCAGCGGCAAUCCCACGUAUGACACUGCCACGGCCAAGUUGACUUACAGCCUCACCACAACCCUCACGCGGGACGUCAUCUACACGCUGUCUAUCACCUACACGGGUCUGAUUCACAACGACAUGAGAGGACUGUACAGGAGCACGUACCGUGAGGGUCAGACGGAGAAGAGACUGGCCUCGACCCAGUUCCAAACAACAUUCGCGCGUCGCUUUAUGCCGUGCUUCGACGAGCCUAAGUUUAAGGCAGUCAUCUCAUUGAAGGUGUUCCGACCCAGCAACAUGCGAGCCUGGUCAAACAUGGACAUUCUGGGCAGCUCAACUCAAGGCACACGAACACUGGACACUUUCAAUCCCACCCCCAAAAUCUCCACAUACAUCAUAGCCCUGGUUGUGUCGGAAUUCACCAGUCGAUCCACCCCAACUUCUCAGCCUAAUCACCAUGGCGUGAUUGCUCGACCUGAGAUGUAUCCCCUGUCUGAGUACGCCCAGGAAGUAGGCAUAAACAUUCUUGCGAAACUUGGAGAGCACCUGGACUACUCCUACUAUGACUUUAUGCCCAAGAUGGAUCAGGCCGCCAUUCCUGACUUCUCAGCCGGAGCUAUGGAAAACAUCGGUCUUCUGACCUAUCGUGAGGCAAAUCUUCUAUACAGUACCACGAAAAGUCUCUCAAUGACCAAGCAGAGAAUCGCCGCUGUGAUCGCCCACGAGCAGGCUCACAUGUGGUUCGGUGAUUUGGUCACUUGCGACUGGUGGAGCUACACAUGGCUCAAUGAGGGAUUCGCGCGGUACUAUCAAUAUCACGGAACCGCCUUUGUUGAGACCAAUUGGGCGCUGGAGCACCAAUUUGUCGUUGAGCAAUUGCAAGGCGUAUUCCAGAUGGAUUCCUCCAACAACACCCACCCCAUGACUAAUCCUGAGAUUUACACACCCUCUCAAGUCUCUGGCAUCUUUGACAACAUCUCAUACAACAAGGGAGCCACGUUCAUUCGGAUGAUAAAUUAUCAUCUCGGUGGAGAUAGACUGAGAAACGCUCUGCGAGAAUAUCUGCGUGUGAAUGCCUUCGGUACAGCCGUGCCCAAUGACCUGCUGGUACAACUCCAGGCUCAGGCUCAGACUACACACCAAAUUGACUCUGUUUUCAACACCUGGACCACCCAAGAGGGCUACCCAGUUGUCAAUGUGGAGAUCAAUGAGGCGCGCAAUCAAGCCAGUCUCCGACAGAAGAGAUUCCUCAGCUAUUCCGCCGACACUCCCGAUGGCAGUCUCUGGGCCAUUCCCAUUACUUUCGCCAGCAAGCGCCAGCACAGUCUCACUGAUACCACCACGAGGAGCAUCAUGUCCGGCCGAGAAGCCCAAAUCACCAUCACUGCUUCACCCAAUGAGUGGGUGAUCUUCAAUGUGCAGCAAGUCGGCUACUAUCGCGUGAACUAUGACUCCAAUUCCUGGAACAUUAUUAUUACCGCUCUCAAGGAUGAAGCCCACGAUGGAAUUCAUGUUCUCAACCGCGCCCAAAUUGUCGAUGAUCUCUUCAAUCUGGCCAAGGCUGGCUACGUUCCCUAUGGCACCACCUUCCAAAUGCUUGAAUACCUCAAGAAUGAGCGCAACUACAUCCCAUGGUUGUCUGCCUUCAAUGGGCUCACGCACUUCCGACGACGCCUACGCGAUGAGAACAAGGAGCUCUUCGGCAAGUACAUGAAUGAACUCAUGGACGGCAUAUACGGCCACCUGACAUUCAAUCCGAAGACAUCCGACAGCUGGAUCGACAUCUACAACCGCGCCAAUGUGAUCUCCUGGGCCUGCAAAUACGGCCACGAAGACUGUCUCACCAAUGCCAGAGAUCAGUUCGCUCGCCUCCGCAACGACUCCACCAACUACAUCAUUCCCGUGGACAUCCGCCCCACUGUGUACUGCGUGGGACUGCGGGAAGGUGGCCAGCAGGCUUUUGACUUCCUCUGGGAUCGCUACCUCAACGAACAAGUGGCCACUGAGCAAGUGACCAUCCUCAAUUCCCUGGGAUGCACCAACACGGACGCCACAGUGAACGCCCUCAUUGACAACAUUCUGUCCAGUGCUGUGCGGGAUCAGGACAAAUCCAGCGCCUUCGGCAACGUCUACGCCCACAAUGAAGAGAACAUCGCCCGUGUGUGGACCUAUGUCACUACCAACCACGCCAAAAUGAACCAAGCUCUCGGCGGAUAUGGCAGCGUAGCAUCAUAUAUUUCCGGAGUUGUGGGUCGUUUCCGCACCCCUGAGGAGAUGGAGCUGCUCAAGACCUUCAUCAACACUCACGGCAGCAAUUUCGGCAGCUCCAGAAGCACCCUUGAGAAUGCCUUGUCCAACUUGGAGUAUGAAUACUACUGGGACUCCAAGUACAUGGAUCACGUGGUGACGGGAAUCGGAGGAGCGGGCAUUAGAACUAUUAGUGCUCUCCUCGUUCUCUUCACCGUCUUCUUCAGCUCCCUUUUGCGCUGAAUACAACAGUAUUUUGUAGAUUAAUAACAUAAAUCCAUUAAUAAAUCAUAAAUUAGU